AAGCAGCAUCAAGUCUUCCAACCAUCAGUCGUCUUCAUCGUCCUCCUCUUCCUCCCUGUCGUCGUGCUCGUCGUCGUCGGCGCUGGCUCAGGAGCUUUCCCAGCAGGCGUCGGCGCUGCCGGAGGCCGAGGCCAACAGCCAGGUGGACUGGACCUACGACCCCAACGAGCCCCGAUACUGCAUCUGUAACCAGGUUUCUUACGGAGAAAUGGUCGGCUGUGAUAACACAGACUGUCCCAUCGAGUGGUUCCACUACGGCUGCGUCGGCCUGACGGAGGCUCCGAAGGGGAAGUGGUACUGUCCUCAGUGUACGGCCGCCAUGAAGCGGAGAGGCAGCCGCCACAAAUAGACCGCCGCCGCCCGCCAUCUUGGAUUUUUACCUCCACGCCGUCGUCGUCAUAAACCACAACAACGCUGCAGCCGACUGAGGUCAGAGGUCACCCCGAGGGUUCUGGAUCACAUUUCAUCCUCCAAAUUCUUCACUCUUCAAACAUUUCCACGUCUGAGAAUAAAACCAGAACCAGAACCAGAACCGGGUCAUCAGAGUCCGUCUCACUCUGGAUGUUGUCUCACUGCAGUUUACUCACACACAGCCAGAGGUCAGAGGUCAGAGGUCAGCCUGUUGUGUGUUACAGUCUGAGGAAGAGGAAGAGGAAGACGAGUUCAGUGAUGAGAUAAUGUCUGAAAGUCGACUCUUCAAAAUAAAAGUCAAAGAAUCAGAAUGUGGACUGAACGGAUCAAUGUUUUAAUAAAAGGUCUGACAGAAA